UAGAGAAAGCCUCAGGAAACCCAGGCCACCAGCAGCCCACCAGGAGCCAGGAAGACCCGUGGCUCUCUUAAUUGGUUUAAUAUGGAUGGGAUGGGACCGAUUUAAUGAUUCUCGGUCUGCCCAGUCACCAGCCUGCCUUGUCUGUCUGAGUAGUUCAGCAAGAGGACAGGGAUCCAUUCUCUCUGUCCCUGUGAAGAAAUCAGCUAGCUGUGGUUCUCCUCAAGCAUGCUUCAGAAGGUGGCAGUGAUCGGUGCAGGUCCCUCUGGCCUGACCAGCACCAAAGCCUGUUUGGAUGAAGGUCUGGAGCCCACAUGCUUUGAGAGCAGCAAUGACAUCGGAGGUCUUUGGAGAUCUAAGGAGAAGCCGGAGCCAGGACGGGCCAAUAUCUAUAAGUCAGUUGUUAUCAACAGCUCCAAAGAAAUGAUGUCUUUCAGUGACUUCCCCCCUCCCGCUGACCUCCCUAACAACAUGCACCACUCUGAAAUCCUGCUGUAUCUGCGUCUGUACACUCAGACCUUUAACCUGCUGCAACACAUACACUUCCAGACUACUGUGGUCAGUGUAAGGCAGAGACCAAAUUUUGAAGUGACCGGUCAAUGGGAGGUGGAGACGGAGAGCAGAGAGGGUCAGAGGGAGAGACAUGUUUUUGAUGCAGUGAUGGUUUGCACUGGACAUUUCACCCAGCCUCACCUGCCACUCAGAGACUUCCCAGGUAUUGAGACCUUCCAAGGCAAAUAUUUCCACAGCUGGGACUACCGCAGUGCUGAGGGUCUGGAGGGGAAAAGGGUGGUGGUCAUUGGAAUUGGGAACUCUGGAGGUGAUAUUGCCGUAGAGAUCAGUAGAGUUGCUGAGAAGGUGUACCUCAGUACCAGGAGUGGAGCAUGGGUUGUUGGCCGUGUGGGACCAGGGGGACUUCCAGCAGAUCUUGUUGGUUCCUCUCGUAUGGAUGCGCUGAUACGAAAGAUCUUCCCCUCAUGGACCAACAGGAGGUUGGAGAAGAGAUUGAAUCAAGCGCUGGACCACAAAUUAUAUGGCCUGAAACCAAAUCAUGGUUUUUUUGCACAGAUUCCUGUAGUGAAUGAUGACUUGCCAGCUCGGAUCAUCUCAGGUCGUGUUGUGGUGAAACCAAACGUGAGAGAGUUCUGUGGGUCCAGUGUGGUUUUUGUUGAUGACACCAUAGACAAGGUGGAUGUGGUUGUGUUUGCGACAGGUUACAAUUACAGCUUCCCUUUCCUGCCCUCAGCUCUUCAGGCUAAAUGUGGUUACAGGCUGCAACUCUACAAACACGUGUUCCCUCCUGCACUGACCUGCCCUACACUGGCAGUAGUGGGCUUCAUACAUGGCUUUGGAGCUAUUAACCCUCUGGCUGAGAUGCAAGCACGCUGGGCUACAAGAGUGUUUAAAGGUUUAAUUGCCCUCCCCACAUCGAAGAAUAUGAUGGCGGAAAUUGAGAAAGACACAAGAACCAUGCAUCAGAAGUUUGCAUGCUCAGAACGUAACCCACUGCAAGUGGACUACAUCCCUUACCUGGACUCUCUGGCUGAAGAGGUGGGGGUUAGGCCAAAUAUACUGUGGCUCUUUUUUAAGGAUCCAACAUUGGCACUGCAACUUUUUCUAGGACCCUCCACACCGUACCAGUACCGUCUGACUGGACCAGGAAAGUGGGCUGGAGCCCGUCGGGCAAUCCUCACUCAGUGGGACCGGGUAUUUCAGCCUUUCAGGACCAGAGUAGUAUCAGAACCAAAGCCAGAGACCAGAUUCUCUUCUAACCUGAGCAUAAUGAUUCUCUCAGGAGCUGUUCUGUUGUGUUGUGUCUUCUACAAUAAACACCAUUUGUGCUCUUGCUUCUCUGCUCCUUCAUUCCUCAGAUCUCUUCAGGAAACCAUGGGGUAAAUGAAGGAGCUCAAGGCAGAGAAUGUUUUUACAACGUACUAACCUGACAAGCUGAGUAAGAAAU